UUUGUGUUCAUAACGAUGAUUAUCACUAUGGUUUAUGUUCUAUUAGAACUGACGGCCCAUACUCAGGCCCAAUACAAAGAUAUAGUAUACUCGCAAAAUAACAUCGUUGAAUUGACGAACUCGUCCCUCUCCAUGUUUGAUCUCCUGGAAGUGAGUCUUGUAAAGUGCGGCAGCGUAUGUCUCUUGAAUCAGUGCUGCAAGGAAUUUCUAUACAGUAGACAUAAUCAACGGUGUAUUGGGGUCCAUUUUGCGGACUUUCAGAGCACUAGCGCAAUUAUUCCUUUGGCAUUUUCAUCGUUUGAAGGAAUGUUGGCAUAUCAAAAAGGAUGUGAAAAUGGUUGGUUAAAGUUUAAUGGCCAUUGCUACAGGAAAAGCUCAUCAAAGACCACGUGGGCUAAUGCAAAGUUGGAAUGCCAGAAAAUGUGUUCAUACUUGGUGGAAAUUGAAAGUAAAGAGGAAUCUGGUUGGCUGGCUACAACAUUUCUGGAUAAUGCAAACUGUAGGUCUGACCCAUUUUUUGAUUGCACGGCCUGGACGGGAGGAAAUGACCUAGAUACUGAAGGCCAGUAUAAAUGGGACCAUUCAAACACACUCAUGAGUUUUACUAAUUGGCAUUACCACGAGCCAAGCCUUGGUAACCCAAACCAAGCACUUAAUAGGGAUUGCAUCGAUAUGCUAAGAGAUGGAGUAUGGAAUGAUCGACCAUGUUCUUAUUUAAACUCUGUGAUUUGUGAAAAAUCUUUCAACAAGAAAUAAUAUUGACGCAAGCGUCAAAUGGGCCGCAAAAAAUAUAAAAAAAUAUAAGUGUUGUAUGAAUCAUUGGUCGUUUACAUAAAAACACACUACAAAGAAGAAAAUAAAAGUUGGUUGUACAAAUUUUUAUGGUGAAUUUUAAUAUACUUUCAGCAAUCAUAAAGAAUCGAGUUUGUUACUGU